AUGAGUAAUUCAUCAAGUACACAUUCAUUAGCCAGUACAGGUGCUUCAAGAUUACGUAGUGCUGUUAAAGAAAUUACUCCUAGACAAGCUCGGGCAGUUAUUCAUGAUAAACAACAAUCACCAGGUGCUAUUGCUCGAUCAUCUAGUGCUAAUGAACUUGCAUUACGAAAGAAAAAUAAUUUAACAAGUUUAACAACACCGACAGUUCAGCAAACAGCUGGUCGACCAAGAUUUCUUGCUCAAUCAGCAGCUACUACAAUAAAUACAAAAACACCUUUAAUAAAUUCUCGUCCUCCACAUGUUGUUUCUCAAUCACAACCAGGUAGUCGUUCAGCAUCACCAAAUUCAAUGAAAUCGUCACAUUAUUUAUCAUCUGCAUUACGUACACCAACAAAUACACGAUCACGAAUACCAAUUGGUUCAAGUAGUGGUUCAAGAAUAUCAAGUCGAGAAUCAAGUCCAGGACGAACACGACCAUAUGGAUAUCGAGCACCGGGAAGUGAUUAUGGUGAACAUGUACGUCGUGUUAAUGGUGCAUGGGGUGCUGAUAGUGGUGAUGAUGCAUCAGAAACAUCAAGUAUAUGUUCAGAAAGAUCACUUGAAGAUAUAGCUGAUGUUUUACGUCGAAUGCAAAGUAAUGAAUGGACUGAACGAAAAGAAAGUCUUGCUAGUUUAUAUCAUAUGAUUCGUUCAGGUCGUGUAUUUAGUACUCAUGAAUUAAAACGUUUAACUGAAUUAUUAACAAAACGUUUUUAUGAUCCACAUUCACAAGUAUUUACAGCAUUUCUUGAUGUUUUACCUGAAUUUAUAACAGCAUAUAAACGUGAAUUAAAUGAAUGGCUUUAUACAUUAUUAACACGUUUAUUAAUUCGUUUGGGUGCUCCUGAUUUACUUGAUUCAGUUUAUAAAAAAUUAAAAACAUGCUUAUCAAUUGUUAAUACAUCAUUUGAUGUUCAUGCACAAUUUACUGUACUUAUUCGAUUUAUUAAUGAUAAUUCAUCAGCACCAGGAAUAAAAGCUAAAGAAAUACUUUUAAGAUAUUUACAACAAAUUAUACAACAAAUGGAACCUGUUGAUAUAGCUAAUAAUGCAGAUAUUCGAAUUGCUUUAUCAAAAAUUAUUAAUUGGUCAAGUGAACCAAAGAGUUUAGAAAUGCGAAAGGCUGCUCAAGGUGUUGUUCUGGCUUUGUAUAAUCUCAAUAGACCAGAAUUUACUUUAAUGCUUACUGCUUUACCAUCUACUUAUCAAGAUGCAGCUGCAAAAAUUCUUCGACCAACUAAUAGUAUGCAAUCAUCGAUACAUACACAACAGGAUAAUAAAUUUGAUUUUCUUCAACGAUCAAAUAGUAAUGGUUUAACAUCUUCAAUGACAAGUUCAAUUCAUUCAGAUAUUCAAACUCCAUCAUAUGCAUCGGAUAUGCGUGUUUUAAUGGAAAAUAUGCAAGCAUUAAAUAUAAAUCAUCGACAAGAUGAUUUAUUAUUAUCAGGUUCAAGUUCAUUAAAAGAUAGUGGUUAUCAAGAUAUGCGUUCAAAUUCAAGUCGACAUUAUACACCUCAAGCUUAUCGUUCAAAUCAAUCUCAAAGCAAUGUUACUGAAACGUCAGAUAGUAUUCUUGAUUCUGUUGAUCGUCCAGCUGCAAUAGAUAUAGCACUUAAUAUGGUAAAUCAAACAACAUUAGGAAAAGAACAACGUCAACAUGCAUUACGUUGUAUAUUAAAAUUUUCGAAAUUAAAUGAUUCUGAUACAUGGAAUUUAGCAUUUAGUAAAACAUUAAAUAUUUUAACACAAAUUCUUGAUAAUGAACAAGAUGAUACAUUAUAUAAAGUUUAUAGUCUUCGUAUAAUACGUGAAUUAUUAACACAUCAUACAAGUUUAUUUAUGAAUUAUAUUGAAUUAACUAUAUUUCGAAUAUUAAAAGCUCAAAGUGAUCCGGAAAGUGACAUAACUCGUUCAGCUGAACAAGCAGCUCAUGCUGCAGCAGAAUAUUUACCAGCUGACAAUACUGUUCGAGUACUUAAACCAAUAAUUGAACAAGCAAAAUAUCCAAUGAAUCAAUCAGCUAUUACAAUGUUACAAAAAACAAUUGAAUUAAUGAAUAAAGAUACAUGUACAGAAUUAAUGCCUGAAAUGAUUCCACCAUUGUUAACGUCAUGGGAUAGUGAAACAUCAAGUGUACGAAAAGCAGCAGUUUUUUGCUUGGUUUCAAUUUAUUUAGUUGUUGGCGAUAGUCUUCGUACUCAUUUGCAUAAAUUAAGUGCAAGCAAGCUCAAAUUAUUAAAUGUUUACAUUUCAAAAGCUCAACAACAAACAAGUAAUACAAGCAAUUUAGAAAAAUCAUCAACAAUAAGCAUGAAUAGCAACAAAAUUUAA